GAUCACGUUCCCAUCAUGUUGCAGAUGGACAUCCCGAGAUUCUCGGAGCAGAUCCAGCGGGUUCCGCGCGCAGAGUGGGGCAGUGAUAAUAUUAGGGAUGCACUGCGUGGGGAGGGCGACUUGAAGCGGGACUUGCUGCUAGCGGUCGAAGAACGACUGCAGGCGGAGGACCCACGGUGGACAGAUGUCUUCUUCGAUUACAUGAAUCGGGUGCUGGUUGAGGCGGGGCAGCAGCUCUUCCGACCUGGCAGGAAACUUCAGAAUCAGGGCGAUGUGGGACGGUGCAGCUUUGGCCCAAAGAAGAGGGGCGGCAGGGCCAUCAGGGUGGCCCAACCCUCUCGGGCAGAAUGGCUGGAGGCGUGGCAGGCAGCAGGAAAAAGUGGCGGCAUGUCGGCGACGGAAGUGGACCCGCCUGAGCUCAUCCAGUCGACGGAGGUGUUGCCCGACCUGACGGUGGAGAUGGAGGAGUGCGCUCGGGCGGACAUCAAGAGGGUCUCGUGGGCGGUGCAGAAG